AUGACGCUGGGAAGUUUUCGCAUCGCGAUCGUUCAGCUGGCAGUACGCAAGAGCAGGGUCGAAAAUCUCGCCAGGGCCGCCGAGCAUGUGAAGAAGGCGGUAGCGAGGGGCGCCGAGCUGGUGUGUUUGCCCGAAUUCUUCGGGUUUCCUUGCGCCGUCGGGAACUUCGAGAAGUACGCCGAACCAAUCCCCGGCGAAACGAGCGAAUUCCUGGCCCACACGGCCAACGACAACGGCGUCUACCUAGUCGGCGGCACGAUGGCGGAACGCGAAGGCGACAGACUUUACAACACCUGCCUCGUCCACGGACCAGACGGUGAGCUCCUCACCAAGUACCAAAAGGUGCACCUGUUCGACGUCGACAUUCCCGGAAAGAUGACGGUCAGGGAAUCCGACUUCUUCGCGGCCGGCGACAGCUUGGCGACCUUCGACACGCCGUACUGCAAAGUGGGCCUCGGAAUCUGCUACGACCUGCGCUUCGCCGAAGUGGCUAACCUGUACGCCAGACGAGGUUGCAGGCUUCUGCUGUUUCCCGGUGCUUUCAACAUGGCGACCGGCCCGCUUCAUUGGAAGUUGCUUCAGCGCGCCAGGGCUGUCGACAACCAGGUCUACGUGGCUUCGGCUUCUGCGGCGACGGACGAACGCGCGUGCUACGUGUCGUGGGGCCACAGCAUGUUGGUCGAUCCAAUGGGUAAUGUCGUCACUUCGGCUGGUGCCGGAGAAGAGCUCGUCGUCGGUGACGUCGACAUGGAUCUCGUGGAGUGCGUGAGAAACCAGAUACCCGUUGUGAGACAGAAGAGAGACGAUGUCUACGACAUGUGUGACGUGAGCAAUCUUGCGAAUGGACGUCGCCUGGCUUUACCGUAA